GGUGAAUAAAUUGUUAAUGAUAUCGAGGAUCGGUGGGAAAACAUGUGCGCAGAGGAAAGUGGGCUUGGAUCAAAUAGCUUCACACUCUGUGGACGCUUCGGGAUUUCGGGAUCGCGCAUUCGCAAUACGGAAGCGGACGGUGAUAGAUCGGGAUCAACGUGCUGCGUAGAAGUUUUGGAGUUUUAGUUUGAAGCAUACAUCGAUACAGUAGUGAGUCGCGGUGUUGUGCAGAACUGAUAAGAAGUGUCUUAUGGGAUUAAACUGAUUACUGAUUGUGCAUAAAAUAUGGAUCUACCGGGAAAGUCAGACCAUGGCAAUGAAGGCAGAGAGGCCGAGAGUUAUCUCAGAAGAAUUAAAGCGGAAAUAAGAAAGACGAAUAAACCUAUUAUGGAGAAGAAGCGCCGUGCAAGGAUUAACAACUACCUAAACGAUCUGAAGGCUUUACUUUUAGACGCUAUGAAAAAAGACCCAAUUCGUCAUUCAAAACUAGAAAAAGCUGAUAUUUUGGAUCUGACUGUGAAACAUCUGCAGGAUUUGGAACGCCGUAAAUUGGCCGUUGCAAUGGCAGUCGACCCGACCGUGGCGGAUAAAUUCAAAAGUGGUUUCAAUGAGUGCAUCGAAGAAAUUGAUAAAUAUCUAAACACCGUUUCCAGUGUAGACGGUGGAAUGAAACAACGAAUAUCGAACCAUCUCAAAACCUACUUGAAGUAUCAACGAUUUCCUCAGUCGGGCGUAGUGGGUCCAUUUGGGGGACUAUUUGGUCGCACUACAGACGAGAUCAAUAACAACGGACGACUGCCGAUAGACGCUAUGUCUCUGAUCCCAUCUCUUCUGCCAAGUGGAGAACUGGCCUUCAUCAUGCCGCACAAUAGCACCAACGGGUUGCCUUUCUUUCCCAGGCUCCCUACGGGUCAAAGCCUUCCUCCACUGAAUUCUAACCACUUCAAACCGAUUCUGCAAGAGAAACAACCGUUCGCCCCAAGCCCACCAUUGAGUCCUGUUUCCGAUCAAGAGAGCGUGAAAGGAGAUCCCAAAAUCAGCACUCCGUUGGCCAAACUCAGAUCCGGCUUGGCUGAACACUUGAUGGCUGCCUUUCCUACUCCUCCGACACCGGAAGAAAAUGCACGAGCAUCUGCCUUCAUGCCGAACCGUAAGCUGAUCGACCGGAUACGGCUACAACGGGAGCUGAUGGAGAAAGCCGAACGAACGGAUGCCAAGCGCAGGAAAGUGGAUAAAGAAGUGGAGUACAGCGAUGAUGAUAGUGAUCUGGACGACGAUACGGAUGCGGACGGGAAAGAUAAUGCCGGGGGAGAUAUGUGGAGACCAUGGUAGAAGCGUACGGAAGAUUUUGUGAUGUUAGGAAAACAUUUCCUGAGUAUAUCAUGAUUAGAACAUAUGAGCUUUAAAAUUUGAAGAGAGUUUCUUUGGAUUAUAUUGACAGCUUUAGUAGGUUAUAAGUUUAUUGUAGAUCAUAUGAAUGCAGUUUAUACAAAUAAACGUGCUUUAUAUUUUUGGAUUUAAUUAAAUAUUAUUACUUUUUUGAUAUUUACAAAAAGUGUGCAACAUAUCCUGGAAUGAAGAAUAAAUAAAAAGUGUUUACUUAGG